UCUCAUAUGCCCCCCAUGAAGACUUUUAGAGGUGAAGGAGAAGAAGGGACCGAUUGAUUGCUGGCUUAACCCAAUAAAGCUUUCAGCUUUCUGCAUUAAGAGAGAGUUGAGACUUGGAGGCCUUUCCAUAACCCAUGAAGAAGAUGCUUCACGCAAACAUAAAGGAAGCGACUUUAUAGCUUCACAGUUCAAUAAUACAAGAAGAAGAAGCAUAAAAGAGACAGAGAGCUAGAGAGCUUGUGGUACCAAAAUAGUUGCUACUUAGUACUUGAAGCUUUUGCUAGAGUUUUUGAAAUGGAGAGGUAUGAGAUAGUGAAAGAUAUUGGUUCUGGGAACUUUGGUGUUGCAAAAUUGGUGAAGGACAAAUGGAGUGGUGAGCUCUAUGCCAUCAAGUUCAUUGAGAGAGGCCAGAAGAUUGAUGAGCAUGUACAGAGAGAGAUCAUGAACCACAGGUCACUGAAGCAUCCAAAUAUCAUAAGAUUUAAGGAGGUCUUGUUAACACAAACCGAUUUAGCGAUUGUCAUGGAAUAUGCAGCAGGAGGAGAACUUUUUGAAAGAAUAUGCAAUGCUGGUAGAUUCAGUGAAGAUGAGGCCAGAUUUUUCUUCCAGCAGCUGAUUUCAGGAGUCAGUUACUGUCAUUCAAUGCAAAUCUGUCACAGAGAUCUUAAACUGGAGAACACACUUCUAGAUUCAAGCUCAGCUCCACGUCUCAAAAUAUGUGAUUUCGGUUAUUCCAAGUCAUCUGUGCUGCAUUCACAACCCAAAUCAACUGUAGGAACACCUGCCUAUAUUGCACCAGAAGUCCUGUCAAAAAAAGAGUAUGAUGGGAAGAUAGCAGAUGUUUGGUCUUGUGGGGUUACCCUAUAUGUGAUGCUGGUUGGUGCUUAUCCUUUUGAAGAUCCAGAAGAUCCCAGAAAUUUCAGGAAGACACUUCAGCGAAUUCUCAGCGUCAGCUAUUCAAUUCCUGACUAUGUACGCGUUUCCAGGGAAUGUACACAUCUUCUUUCUCGAAUUUUCGUUGCUAACCCCGAAAAGAGAAUUACAAUCCCAGAGAUAAAGCAGCACCCCUGGUUUCUGAAAAAUUUACCAUCGGAAUUCAUGGAUGAAGAUGACAUGCAGAUUGGUGAGGUUCAGAAAAAUGAGAUUUCACAAAGUGUUGAAGAUAUAGUGUCCAUUAUUCAAGAGGCUCGAAAACUUGGUGAUGGCAUCAAAGUUGGACAUUUUCUUGGGAGCAUGGACCUUGAUGAGAUAGAUGAUGCCGACAUCGAUGAUAUAGAAACUAGUGGUGAUUUUGUAUGUGCGUUGUGAUCUGUAGUGGUGCAAAGUUCUUAUCAUAACACACCUUUAACACUUAGCAGCUUCUCAAGGCCAAAAACCUUUUUUCCCAAAAGGAAGUUGGAAGGAUGAGCCGAUGAGGCAUCUUCUUUUGAUGUUGGGGAAUCAAACUAUCUGUUGC